ACUUAUUGGAGAGAGAUGCUCGUCGCGUGCAGCAGUAGUGGAGGAGAGGGACGUGACAGCCCAUCCGCUUAGAUCGCUCACACACACACACAGACGCCCCCAUCCACGCGCAAUCGGUCUACUCGUUUCCCGCCGGCUGGACCUCCCGCAUGCCUGAGCCAGUGCGUGGAGGCGAGACUAGCCUACUGUACCGCCAGCACCCGUGCGGCGAGGAGUUGCUUGCAGCGCAGACUAGACAGCGUACCAGUCGGGAAGGACCCCGCACGUCGUGGACAAAAUAGACCAUAGGUCGAUAUAUGUUCCCCCGCGUGGAUGGAUGGGCAGAGAGAGAAAACAACCCGAACCUGUGGUGCAGAACUGGCUUUUCAGGCUACCUUUGAUUCAACGCAUUUUAUUGACGGUCUGUCCUCCCUGGUUCUGGAUCCAGAGCUCACUGCCUUCCCCCUGGCCCCAGACGACUCCCCCCCACAACCAGGCACCAUGACCCAGGAGGGGCAGGGACAACGCCAGACUGAACCCCCUACACCCCCAGACAUCCAGGGGGUGACCCCAGCCCACCCUUCAGAGGAGUCAGCCACAGACCAAGGGCUGGAGGGGCUAGGUGUGGAGGUGAAGGUGGAGGGGAUAGAGGGGACCAAUGAGGAGGAAGGGGAGGGAAGUGUUACGGUAGCAGGGGAAGUACACAGAGAAAGAAAAGGUGAGGAAAGUGGAAAGGGAGAGGGUGAUGAGGUAGUUGAGGGAGUGGAACAAGUGAUGCAGGGAGAAGGAGAGGUGCAUGAAGAGCGAGAGAGUAUGGCAGAGACAAGUGAUGAAGAAGAUGGGCUGGGGGAUGAGAGGAUAGAUUCAGAGGAUGGUCAGACAGAUGGAGAACUAGAGAGAGUGGAGGAGGUGGAGAAGGAGGGGGAUAACAUGAACACAGAGGCCACAGAGGAGGCAGAACCAGCCUGCGAGCCCAGCUGUGAGGAGGAGGAGGAAGGAGAGGAGGAGGAGGAGUUAACACCACCACCUGAGAACCAGGAAGAAGACCAGGACUUACCAGACCCACCGCAGUCUCUGGACAUAGUCAGGCUGGAGAACGGGAUAGAACCUGAGAACGGAAUCGAAGGGCAUGAAGAGGAGGAUGAUGAAGAGGAUGAAGAUGAGGGAGAAGGAUGCGGCUUAGUAGAGGUCAUCCAGGAACACCUGGACACGUUCAGCUCCACCUUCGAGUGUUCCGUAGAGCUGGCGGACACAGAGGUGGAGGAAGAGGAGGAGGAGGAGGAGGAAGGGGAUGGGAGGGGUAACCAGGACAGUUUCAGCUCUGUGUUUGAACGCAUCGUGGAGAACGUUGUGGCCAUAGAGAGGGAGGAAGAGGAAGAUGAGGAAGAGGGGGAGGGCGAGAGGGAGAAGAACACGGUGGACAACAAGGACGGCUUCAGCUCGACGUUUGAGCGUAUCGUUGAGUCUGCGCUUCUCCGCGGGGGUACGUGCUACAGUAGUCUGGACUCUCUGGAUGUCCUGUCACUCACAGACGAGACAGACAGCUGCGUCAGCUUCGAGGCUCCGCUCACCCCCCUUAUUCAGCAGAGGUCCUUCCUUCAGAGUCCUGAGCCUCUGGAGCUAGAACUAGCCACCGUCAUGGAGCAGGAGGGGAGUGAGGCUGGAACCGAGGCCCAGCAAGGAGAGCCUGAGGCUGGGGAGAGUGCUGCAGGGCCUGGGCCUGGACCUGGAGGAAGCCCACUAAGGACCACCAUCACCGGGACGAGGUCAGAGUUUGUACUGAGCCAGCCUGGCCGGUGGGACAUCCCUAAUGGGUUUCAUACAGACACCCAGGGGGGAGUGGAGGGCUCUGGAGCCAUACCCAACUCAAUGAGUGAUGCCAACCUCCUCACGGACGUGCUGUCGGACUCAGAGUCGGAGCUGGGCGGUCUGGAGCAGCUGGAGAGAGGCAGCACGGAAACCCUGGCCAACGGUUGCCGUGCCGACUGCGACGCCGCCAAACGCCUGGCCAAGCGUCUGUUCUACCUGGAGGGCUUCAGACGCUGCGACGUGGCACGCCACCUGGGCAAGAAUUACGACUUCAGCCAGCUGGUGGCGUCAGAGUACCUCAGCUUCUUUGACUUCUCUGGCCUGUCGUUGGACAAGGCCCUGAGGAACUUCCUGAAAGCCUUUCCUCUGAUGGGUGAGACCCAGGAGAGAGAGAGGAUCCUGGUCCACUUCUCUAAGAGGUUCUGUGUCUGCAACCCCACAGCCCUCGCCCCCGAAGGCAAGAGCAGAUCUAAACGGGAUGAUGAUGAUGAUGAUGAUGAUGAUGAAGAAGAUGACGACGGAGCCCAUACGUUAACCUGCGCCCUAAUGCUGCUCAACACUGAUCUACAUGGACACAACAUUGGGAAGAAGAUGUCUUGCCAGCAGUUCAUCAGUAAUCUGGAUGGCCUAAACGAUGGCAAGGACUUCCCUAAAGACCUAUUAAAGGUGUUGUAUAAUUCAAUAAAGAACGAGAAACUUGAAUGGGCAAUUGAGGAAGAGGAGUUCAGGAAGAGUCUAUCAGAGCUGGUGGAGGAGCAGUGUGAGGGAGGGGGGAAGAGGGGGGUUGCCAGGGUAACGGAUGGCAAUAACCCUUUCAUCGCCAUCCCCAUCCUACUCAACGCUGUCACCUAUAAACAUGGUGUCCUGUCCCGCAAGAGCCACGCAGACAUGGGACGGCAAACCCCACGAGGACGACGAGGCUGGAAGAAGUUCUAUGCGGUUCUAAAGGGGAUGAUCCUUUAUCUCCAGAAGGAUGAGUACAAGGCUGAUGCAGAGCUGUGUGAGGGGGACCUGAAGAACGCUGUGCGUAUCCACCAUGCGUUAGCCACCCGCGCUACAGACUACAGCAAGAGACCCAACGUCCUCAAACUAAAGACCUCUGACUGGAGAGUGUUCCUACUGCAGGCACCGAGUGAAGAGGAGAUGAUGUCGUGGAUAUUCCGUAUUAACCUGGUAGCAGCUCUGUUCUCCGCCCCGGCCUUCCCUGCUGCCAUUGGCUCCAUGAAGACGUUCUGUAGACCUCUACUGCCCUCCUCCUCUACCCGGCUAAACCAGGAGGAUCAGCUGCAGUCCCACGAGGGGAAGCUGAAGCAGAUGAGUGUGGAGGUGGAGGAGCACAGGAAGAGCCCGCCCUCGCCUUCUCCCAAGAGCAGAGAGUGGGAGGAGUAUCGAAUCAAAGAGCACUACCUCAUAUAUGAGAAGAGUCGGUACGAGACGUAUAUCAACCUGCUCCAGGCCAAGAUGAGGGCAGAGACAGACGACCUGGAGAAGAUAGAGGCUAGCGUGKUGAGCGGGAUCGGSGAGGGCCGAGGGGGGCGCGAGGGCUACCUCCGGAAGACCCAGUCCUCUCCUUCCAUCAGCCAGCACAGUCUCAACGGCAGGGCCUCUGGACGCACUGCCCCGGGCCAGCGGAGUUGAGAGGAGACCCCCCUUAAAAACACCAUCAUGCACCCCCCUGUAACUGUCCUCUGAGCCAAAGGGCUCACCCCCCUAAAUGCCUAAGCACUGGAUUCAUAUCCAACCAACUCCCCAAAUCAUCCCUCCUUCCUAUUUCAUUGCACAGUAAAGCGGUAAUAAUUGUUCCAGCUAUACAGUAUUAKUGGUGUUAUUUAACCAACAGCUAAUUGUCGCUGGCAGUGCUUAUAAGAACACUUAUAACGGAGAACAUGAAGAUGUGGAAAAAAGGACGAAAUUGGAGAGAGGACUUACCGGCAUAAAGGAAGUGACAUCGUAAGGAAGUGUGGACUGUAGUUUUUUGGUUUGAGGAGGUGGAUGGUGGAUUUCAGGGUGGAGGGGUACAGUAGCAUAGUAGUAGGGUGACAAGUAGCCUAGCGGUGAAGAGAUUUGGGCCAGUAACCAUCGCUGUUUUGAAUCCCGAGCUGACUAGGUGAAAAAUCUGUCAAUGUGCCCUAGAGCAAG